AUGAGCCGUGAAUCAGUGACCGUGAACCCUGCUGCGAAGCGCAUCGAGAAGGACCUGGCCAAGUUCAAGGCGGACCAGGCCGCUCAGGCAAUGUACCACAUUGAGCCAGAGAGUGAAGAUGACAUCUUCCAGCUGAAGGGCUACGUCUACGGACCGCCGGACACUCCCUACCAGGGCGGUGUCUUCCACCUGAAGAUGACAGUGCCCAACGACUAUCCCUUCCGUCCUCCGGUCUGCAAGAUGACCACCAAGGUGUGGCACCCCAACAUUGGCGAAGCAGGCAGCAUCUGUCUGGACACUCUGAGUGGCAAGUGGACCGCCGCCAUGUCCAUUCGCACGGCGAUGAUGAGCAUUCAGGCGCUGCUCAGCACUCCCAACUCCGACAGUGGCCUGAACGGCACGGUGACCUACCUGAUGAACAAAGACCGAGAGGCAUACCAGAAGACGGCCACCUUCUGGACGUACCACUACGCGGUGGUCAACAAGACCGAGCAGAUGAUGGCUGACAAUGCUCCAAUGGAAGCCAUGAUCAGUCAGGUGAUGGCGCAAACUGGCAUCGGUUACGAGGAAGCACUAAAGUCUCUCUCCUACAAUUGCUGGAAGAUUCCAGAGACACUCGCUGCUGUUGAUCGACGCGCCAAAGUCAAGGUGGCUCGUCGCUAA